UUCUCUUGUGUUGUCCUCCACAGCCAAGAUGGCCGCCUUCACACGGCUCGCUACAUCUGCGCUCCGGCUCAACAAUGGCUUAUUUAGACCCAACGCUGUCAGGGUCGUGGGCAUUUCCACAUCCAAGAAGAAUAAGGACACCAUAACCAUCGCGGAUACCCUGGUUGAGCAGGAGAAAAGCAAGACGGAGACCGCAGUUCCCACUAGCAAGAAUUGGAUUAGUUGGGGAUUCAGUUAUGAAUCUGAAACCGAGGACAACACACUUAUGCACCUGUCCUUCCUGUUUGGCGUCACUCUUUGUUUAGUCACUACAGGCUUCUAUUGGGCUUACCUCCCGGAUUACAGGAUGGUGAAUUGGGCACAGCGUGAGGCCUACUUGGAAUUGCGUCGGCGGGAAGAACUAGGCCUCCCACUCAUUGAUCCCAACCUUAUUGAUGCUGAGAAGAUGGAUCUACCAUCUGAUGAAGAUCUUGGCUCGACAGAGAUCGUCAUUUGAGUAUAUUUAUAUUGCAAGUUGAGUUAGGUAUUAUGGUGUGCCUAUACAUUAAUUUAUUUGCAUUUGAAAAUAAUGUAAUUAAAAAUGGGAAAUUUUUUGUUCUGGGUUUGUAAAUAGAAAUUUAUUUAGAAUAAAUAUACCGCGUGUU